ACUUUAACCUCAGUGCCUACUGAGAGUAACUUUUAUCUGUAUGAAGCUAAUGGCGGUAACUAUUAUUUUGCGAUAUUGAGAUUUGAUAAGGCAUUUUAUUACGACCUUUCAGUCUUCGAAUGUUUAACCCGUUCGUUCAUCUUUGUUAUAAAUAAUAGUACUGCAGUGGCGAUUGCAGGGAGGAUUGAAGCUUCGGAUACUCGUCAAAGCAACAGUUAUCUUAUAAAUGCGCGAUAUGCACAAAAU